AUUCUUUCACUAUUUGCUGUAAUAAUUUUUUCAAUGCCUGCUGGUAUUGUGUUUAGGGCUCUAAAUGUUUAAUGUUAGUUGUAAUAAAUUGCGUCGAUUUUAGAUUGAUCAGAAGGGCUGAAGUUUAUCGUUUUAAUUUUUGUUGGCUUUGUGCAUUCUUUUAUGAAUCGUUCCCUCCAAACAAUCGAGUCAGGUGUAAAGUUUUCACUUAAAGAGCUGCAAUGGCGUCCACUUCUACUCCUCAUGCCAACAUGGCCGCAGGAAGAAUGUCAACCGCGGCUUCGACACUUUAUGCAGACAAUCAGACGCUCAUUACUGAAAUUAGAAAGGCUGUGAUGAUGAUGAAAGAUGUAGGGGUCGACUUUGAGAGGGACAGCAACUCUGAAAUGGUGAAAGUUCUUGAAAAUGGUGUUUCUGAAUUAAUGAAAGCUUCAGAUGAAUGCACUCAGCUUUCCCAUGCUAUACAGUCUAUCAAAAAUGAAUACCAGCCUGGUGCUGAGCUAACCGAUUUCACAAAGCUGUUUGAUGAGAAAAUUAAAAGAUUUAAGAAGGAUUCGUCCUGUGUCUCAGGGAACCAGACAUUGCUACGGCAAUUCCGUGAAGCUAUCUGGAAUGUUCAUCAUGCAGGGCAGCCUAUGCCAGGUGAAGAGCAGGAGGAUAUAGUAAUGACUAGCUCACACUGCAAUCUUUUGAAUAUGACAUGCCCACUGACUGGAAAACCUGUCGAGGAAUUAGUAGAGCCUGUCCGAAGCAUGGACUGCAAGCACAUAUAUGAGAAGCAACACAUCAUUCAGCGGAUCAGGUCCAAAGUUGCACAGGGUCAAUGCCCGGUAUCAGGUUGUCCUAGAAGGCUGCAGGCGGAUAGAGUGGUGUGCGACGCUUUGUUGCUUAUAGAGAUCGAGGAAAUGCGAUCUAUGAAACAACAAGAAGCCCGCAAUGAUGCAAUAGAAGAUGUUACGGCGGCUGCUGAUUGAUGAAAACAAUUAGGUAAUGGAGACUACUUCUGCUCAUUCUUGUAAAUUUAUAGCUGUUUGGUAGUUAGUUAAUUGGUGAUUUACACUUAUGUUCUUCUUUUGGCCAGAUUUAAUCUUGAAAGGUUGUUUAUCAUGUGUCAUUUAUUUUGCUGUUUAUUGACUGACUGAGUGACAUUAUGGAAUUCAUUUCUGCCCUGGUGU